CUGGGUUUUAUUUGGUUUUUUAGAUUUGUGACUGUUCAUAACGAUUUCAUUUUAAAAGUUUGGUGCAACGAGUUCUGGAUGAUUUAUCGAGUUUGGGAAUGAUGAUUUAUUUUUGCUGCAUUGUAUAUUUUUCUCAAAGUACAUCAGCUUCAGAUUUAUUCGAUAACGUUUAUUAUCCUGGAAGAAUACUAGAUUCGUUUUCAAUUGAUGACAAUAUUAAGAUACCUGUUUUCCAUAGAACUUACAGCAGGAUCGAGAGAAAAACAAAAUUUACCGGAACAUUUAACAUUUCUGGUUUUACAUCAUAUGAUCAAGAUUCUCAUGUUCAUGGUUUUCAAACAAAACAAACUGACGAAUCUAAGUAUUUAUCGUGGGAAACUGUUGCUGCGAAAACUGGUAAACGUGUUGCAACUUAUGUAAAUGUUGAUAAAACUAUAGAAUCUUAUCAUCUAGAAAGAUUAUUUAAACGUAAAAAAAGAGAUGUUCGCGAACGCAUAAGAAAAAAUAUAUUCGGACGCGACGAUCGCUUGUAUGUUCCUUUAAACGAAAAAGUUGGAUUAGUUGAACCAUACAGUUACACUGUUCGCAUAUCAACGGGAUGCUCUGGAAUAGCAAUAUCGCCGCAGCACAUACUUACAGCAGCCCACUGCGUUCACGAUCAAAAAGAUUAUAUUAAAGAAUCCAAAGAGAUUCAGGUGGGUUUUUUAAACGAAUUAAAUAAUGUUUCGUGGAUAGAUGUCAAAUCAAUUAUAGUAUCUAAAGGAUGGAUAAUUGGAGGUGUUACUAAUGGACCGUUUUACGACUACGCCUUGCUCACUUUGACUAAAAAGCACGGACGUUCUUACAUAGUAUUAACAGUGAGUGAAAAUGAUCAACAUGGUGUUGGAGAAAGGAUUUCUUUUAAUGGAUUCGAUGACGACAAGCCAGAAAGUUCUUUGUGGACCAGAACUUGCAAUGUUGUUGAAGAUGAUCAAAACUUCCUUUAUCAUUAUUGCGACGCCCAACCUGGAUCUUCGGGAUCGGGAGUAUAUUCAUGGGUGUACGAUGAAAUAUUAAACGACUGGAGAAGAGAACUGAUAGGUGUAUUCUCAGGAAAUAGAUGGCGCGCGUACGACGAGUUCUAUAUAGUUACGCAAAAUUUUAACGUUGCAGUUCGGUUAACUUCAAAUAAAUACGCCCAAAUAUGCAACUGGAUGGGAAAAAUUGGUGAAGAAGUUUGUCGCCGCUCACACAAAUAUGUAUAACUGAACAAUUUAAAAUAAUGCAGAGGUUAUAAAAAAGAAUGACUUAAAUUCUCCAAAUAUUUGCUAAACAUAUACUUCAGAUA